GAAUGAGAAGCCAACUAACAGUCUUAUAUUCAACAUCAGCGUCUCCAACUGUAAGUAAGCGUUAUGGUCGUUGAUUGAAAAUAAUUAAGGAAAGAAGACCAAAGAUCCGACAAAAAUUGAGGACCCAGAAAGAAGACCCAAAGUCUUCCCUUCAAUAUGGAUAAAGUAGUGUCCUAAGAAGACAUGGAUCAAAUGAUUUGAAGAGUGCAUGACUUCAGUGACCCUCUGCAUUCCUCCACGUCUUACCUUCCUCACAAAUGGCUUCAGCGAUGUUCUACGUGCUCUUGUUUUUCCCCUUUGGGCUACAACUUGCACAAGGAGCAGAUGAAUCAAGGGUAGCCAACAUAACCUUGGGAUCUUCCAUACGCCCAGCCACCAACCCCACCGCAUGGUUCUCCCCCUCGGGGCGCUUUGCCUUAGGAUUCUACUACGAGGAUGGAGGCUUCUACGUUGGAGUAUGGCUGCAGACAUCACCCGGAAACAACACGGUUAUAUGGACAGCAAAACGAGAUGAUGCACCAGUUUUUGAAGACGCCAUGUUACAGCUAACCGAGCAAGGACUUCAGCUCACGCAGACCAACAAAGAAGACAUACUUAUCACCAAUCUUCAAGUAGGUGCAUCUACUGCCUCCAUGCUCGACUCUGGUAACUUCAUCAUCUAUGAUGCCAAUUUUGAAUCCCAGUGGGAGAGUUUCAGCCUCCCGACUGAUACAAUCAUAUCAGGUCAGACCUUACAACCUGGCAAUGAGCUUAUUUCCAGCAUCUCAGAAACCAGCCACUCAAGUGGAAGGUUUCGCCUAAAGAUGCAGGAUGAUGGUAACCUCGUCUCGUAUCCGGUAAACACAACCGACACUGCAGAAAAUGCUUAUUGGGCAUCCUCGAGCAAUGGUAAGCCAGUUAUAAGUCUAAACCUUGAUAACCAUGGCGGCUUAUACCUCCUGUUCCAAAACGAGAGUCGGAUUUGCAAUUUAACAAACGACAACCAUGUCUGUGAUUAUUCAAGCACAAACACAUCAGAUCUUGGAAAAACAAGCAACAAUAUCAGCAUGUCUGAUCGAAUUUAUCGUGCUACGCUGAAUGUUGAUGGUAUAUUACAAGUGUAUGCUCAUGAUCUAGAAUCAAACACAUCAAAAGUACUAUUUGAAAUUCCAGAAACAAAAGAUAAGUGCACGAUUAAGGGAACCUGCGGCUUUAACAGCUACUGCACCUCCAUGGGUGAAAAACUGGUUUGUAUGUGUUUCCCUGGUUUUGAUUAUAUUGAUGCUAACAGAACAUGGAUUGGAUGCAAACAGAAUUUGACCGGUGGAGGUUGUGACUUGAAAAGGGAUAAUAUGGUGCUCAACAUGUCAAAACUAAAUAACAUAGGGUCAGUAGAUGAUACCUAUACUGCGCCAUUUCCUCUGGACACCGUGGAAGCUUGCAGUGAUGCAUGUUUGACAGACUGCAAUUGUGAAGCCGCACUGUUCGACGAUGGCAGCUGCUCGAAACAGAAGUUCCCUCUGAGAUAUGCACGGAGAGAUACAUCAUCCGUGAUGUUAAUCAAAGUCGUGGGAACCAAAGGCCCUACAGGAAGCACUCUUAUAAAGAAGGAGUUAUCUAUUAAGAUUUUGUGUGCCAUUGUGGCUGUUGUUACUGGAUUAGUGACCGCAUUUGUAGCCUUGGGCUUCUUUCUGUAUAGGCAUCAAGUUCGAAGAUAUAAAAGAAUCUCGAGGAAAAGAGAGCUUGAAUUGGUUGAUGAAAUCGCUCUAAGACGUUUCAACUUUAAAGACCUUAGAGAUGCAACAGAUGAUUUCAAGCAAGUGUUAGGCAAAGGAGCCUUUGGAACUGUUUUUAAAGGAGUAUUGCCCAACAAUGAUAGAGCUGUCGCGAUAAAGAGGCUUGAGAAGGUGAUCGAUGAGGGAGAACGAGAAUUUCGAACGGAGAUGAGGGUAAUCGGUAGAACGCACCAUAGAAACUUAGUACGAUUGCUUGGGUUCUGCGACGAAGGUCCUCACAGGCUACUGGUCUAUGAAUUCAUGAGCAAUGGCUCACUCGCUGACCUCAUCUUCCAAGUAGAUAGACAACCAUCUUGGAGUGAGCGAACAAGGAUCACGCUGGACAUAGCUAGAGGGAUCCAUUACCUACAUGACGAGUGUGAAGCCAGCAUCAUACACUGUGAUAUAAAGCCUCAAAACAUAUUGAUGGACGACAACUGGACAGCGAAGAUCUCGGACUUUGGGUUGGCGAAGCUAUUAAUGCCAAGCCAGACCAGAACAUUUACUGGCAUCAGAGGGACAAGGGGUUACCUUGCACCGGAAUGGCACAAGAAUGCACCGAUAACAGUCAAGGCAGAUGUGUAUAGCUUUGGCAUCAUGCUGUUGGAGAUUGUAUGCUGCAGGAAAAAUAUGGAACUGGAGGCUGAAGUUGAUGAGAUUAUGCUGUUAGACUGGGUUUACGGUUGCUUUGUUACUGGAGCACUGGAAAAUCUUGUACCUGAUGAAGCAGACAUGACAGAAUUGAACAGGUUGGUGAAGGUGGGAUUGUGGUGCAUACAAUCUGAACCAGCUUCACGGCCAAAUAUGAAGAAUGUUGUGAUGAUGCUGGAAGGCAGCAUUGAUAUCUCUAUUCCUCCACCACCAACUUCGAGUUUCUAAUUUGUAGUGUCAUGCAGACCCCUUGUCAGUGACUAGGAUGGGGAAAAUGAGUAUGUUCCCUUUUCUAUGCUUUACAAAUAUGGAUUUCUGUGAUAACAUAUGCACCUUAUGUAAUAAAUGUCGUGUUGGACCCUAAAA